AAUAUCUCAUCCUUCGUCUCAUCACUAAUUAUAAUUAGUCCCCACGGAUGGGCAUAGGCUGGAAAAAAGCAAUGAACAGGAAUCACCUCAAGUUAGAGACGAACUCGCAGUUUUUAUAAAUUGAGUCGAGUGUGAUAGUUAUUACUAAAUCGGAGAGAGCUUUCGCCUGCCCUAGCACACAGGCUUAUCAUAUAUUGACUUCAUUUCGGCCUGAAGUUGAACUGACAGAUAUUGUGAAAGACUAUCCAAGACCUUUCGCGCCACUAAUUUACGCUGCUUGGUGCGUUCUGAUUGAUUGCUGAUGAAGCCUCAUAUGAAACAAUGUUUGUUGCUAAGGUACGACAAUGUACUUAUCCUAUAGGCAUCCUACAGGAUAAUGGAAUUAGGGUAGUAGAGCACACAUUGGGGACAGACAUAACGAAGCAUCCCAAAUCAAUGGAUGGGGGAAAGAAAUGUUUGCUGUGAACGUAGGAAGGCCUCUGCCAUUUCUUCCUGAAAAGGGUUUGAUGAGCUUGAUUGUACAUGUACAUGGACAUGUACAUGAUGAGACACCAGUCAGUUCCUCAUACUGAAGAACUUCAUCGAACUAUUCUGCACUCAAUACAUGUUUUCCAAGAGCCAUUGAAGUUUAUACUGCCUAUAUUCUCACGAUAUAAUGUGUCAUUGGGAUUCUGCCAGGUAUCGGAGGUUCUAUAUAUGCCUCAUAUUAGGAUUUCAGGUUCCCUCGGAUGCAUCGGACGCCUAUCCAGGAUACGGCAGAAGGUGGUUAUCAUUGUGAUGGAAACUUCAAUGGGUAACAUUGUUCCAGGAGAUAUGAAGGGAUUAAGAUAUGACUUCUGCUAUGAGUUCAUCAACCUUUGAGGUUACUCUGCUUUAAUAAGCUAAUAUAAAUGGUAAUGCAUAAUGUGAUAAUUCU